CGCGUCACCAUGGCGACCUUCUCACCCGUCGGGCUCCCGGCGGCAGCUCGGCGACCACUCUGCCUUCAGGACCCCACGGGGCCAACGGGCGGCGGCUCCCCGCUCCUGCGCCGCCCUGCCCGGCGUCCCCGGCGGGAGGUCGCGGUCCGCACUGCGCCCCCGCUGGCCGGCGCCCCCGGCCCACCCCGCGAUGGCCAGGGCUUUGGAAGGGACUGUUUCCGCGGACCGGUUCUCCCAACAGCCGCUAACUCCUCCCGCCAACGUCUUCCCCGCGGCCCGUUCCCGAGAACCUUGGCUCGGGAGGGCGACGCGGGGCCCCGGCCGCGCUCGCCCGACGGCGCGGCUCGCUCUGCGGCCCCGGUGCACACACCUGCACAUCCUCGCCCAGAGGGGCCUCGGAAUCGCCGCUCGGCCCCAGAGAAAAACGUUCGAUUGACGGGAUGUUAGUGGGACGCGGAGAAGCAUCUCGGAAGUCAGUGCUGGAGGUAGGAGCAGCGCAGAAACAGGUCUUGUUCAAUAGGAAACCAAUUUCUGUGUGUUUACCGCCGAGUUGCAUUCACCGGAAGCGGGUGGGGGGCCAUACCCUUGCAUGCCGGGCAUGCAUGCCCUUGGCGAGCUGUGCUAAUGUGCGGACGGCUGCAGCCCCGAGUCGGAGGCCGGCCGGGACGAAGGUUCUGCGUGGCCACAAGCCUCCCGGGUGGAGGAAGAUGGUGGUUGCCCCCCCCCCCCCCCCCCCCCCCCCGCCGCUUUCGGGAGUCUUCCUGGGAGCCCGCCCUCACCGCUGGCGGCGCUGCUAUGGUUUCUGGAGACGCAGGUGGCCUUCGGGGCAGGUGGCCAUCAGCGACCCCGGAGCAAGUCUUGCCAAGAGCCGGGGCUGCUCUGGCGGGAUAGGAUCUCCCUGUGUGCCCCUGGUCGGGCCCUCUCCAGGUCGCUUUUGAUCUGGUUUUCCCGACAGAAGCGACCGAAGGCCUCACCCUUCCGGCCUCUCUUCCGAAACGAAGGAGCCAGUGCGGCGUUGGUGCCUGGGGCCUGCCCUCCUGGUCAUGUUUUCUGAGGGCGAAGCUCAAGGUGGGGGAAGGGCAGCUGGGCUCCGGCAGAGGCAGCUCCUGGAGGUUGGGCAGCCCCCACCCCGACUCAGAUCUGGUCAGGACCCCCGACAAGGGUACUGAGGUGCCCACGGGCUCUUGGCCGUCUUUAGUCUGAAAACGCCCU